AUGGCACCAACAGGAGAACUAGUCUACACAGUACUGGAGGUGCUGAUCGCUGUGGCAUGUUGCCUUGGUAACCUGAUGGUGAUCUGGGCAGUGUGUUCGAGUGGUGACAUGCGUCGGCAGCCCACCUUCUGCUUCAUCGUCUCUCUGGCCGUAGCCGACUUCCUGGUGGGGGGGGUGGCUGUACCUCUGGCGGUUCUGGUGGACGGUCGGGUCAGAACCCCCUUCUAUGGUUGUGUGGCUCUAUGUUCUGUGGUGAUUAUUCUGACCCAAGCUUCUGUCCAUUCCUUGUUGGCUAUCGCCCUGGACCGGUUCCUGCGUGUCUACAUCCCACUCAGGUACAGAAGACUAGUGACAGUGCGGAGGUCCUGGGGUGUGGUGGUGGGCUGCUGGAUGACAGCAUGCCUCCUAGGUUCCACACCCCUUCUAGGUUGGAGCAAACACCAACCCACCGUCUCAAACACCACCUUGAACUCUACCUGCCCGCCCAUCUGCAGGUUCAUGGAUGUGAUGUCGAUAUAUUACAUGGUGUUCUUCAACUUCCUCGGCUGCAUCCUGCUACCGAUGCUGUGCACCGCAGUGCUCUACACCUCCAUCUUCCGUCGGAUCCACAAGCAGCUGCGGAACCGGGACGCGGCGUCUAGCGACUACUACCAAAGGGAGAGGAGCCUGGCCUGCUCGCUGGUGCUGGUCCUGGUGCUGUUUGCCCUCUGUUGGCUGCCCAUACACCUCAUCAACAUCAUCCUUCUCUGGGCGCCAUCGAUCGUGCCCAAGGAGGUGGUAUACGCGGGCAUCCUGCUCUCUCAUGCCAACUCGGCCAUUAACCCAGCGGUGUACACCUUCAAGGUGCCCAGGAUCCAGAAGGCGUAUGGGGAGAUAUGGAGGAGGUACAUGCCGGACUGUGGCAAUCAGGGACUCAGUAGCUCGUCACCAGACAACACCACUAACCUUAUUCAAAUGAAAGCAAUCCAGGGAGGUUCCCAAAAUCCCGGCGCAUAAAAUUCAGAUUUUAGAUUAUGUGACUGACAGGUAUAACAGGUAUACUAUAUGUAUGUGUGUAUAUGUAUGCAAAGUAAUGCCAAAUGUACAGUAUGAAUGUAUGAUGAGGUUAAGGAUGUUUUUUUUGUCAGUCCAGAAUAAGAUUAAGAAAAAAGCGCACAAUUAAACAAUAACUAAAUAAAUAUAUAUGAAUAUAAGUACCAAGUGAACGCAGUGUGAAAAUAGGAAUACACUGAAAACUAAAAAAUCUGAAAUAUAAACUAUGUGGCCAAGAGGGCUCAACAUGCAGCAUGCGGUGAUAUGAAACAAUGGUAAUACAAGCAGCAAAUGUUUCAGUGAGAAACAGCAAUGUUUCAGUGGAAUUUGCAGAAUUUGUAAUCUUAACGUGCAGAAAUGAUGUGUUUCAGAUUAGAGCAAUGCCCUGAUAUGGAGUAAUAGUAAUAAUAGCAGCAAGUGUUCAGUGUGAUGCAGAAACAGGAAUAAGAAGGGCAAUCUGGCCUGGAUGCUGUGUAACAUCCUGCUUGAAAGGAGGGGUCAACCAGUCUGUUAGCAGGGUGGGUAGAGUUCCUCAUAAUGCAGGAGGCCUUUUUUCCUGCCCAUGCUGUUAUAAAUGUCACUGAUGGUCGGUAGGCUGCUGCGAGUGAUCCUCUGUGCAGUCGUAACUACCCGCUGCAGUGCCCGCCACAACACUUCCUGUGAAACUUAAGAAGUGGUUUCAGCUCACUGUUCCUUCCCACUCGUCAACAAAUGUCUCCAUUUCACCGCUCGUGUCAGUCAUCACAUACGAGUCAUUCAUUAAAUGUGCAGUAUGUUAGCUGUUGGCUAGCCAGCUAAAAUAUUUCCUAGUCCAUACUUUAAACAACUUUGGGGCC